AUGGAUAAAACACAGGAAUUAGGAGAGGAGGUUGUUGGGAAAAAAGUGCCUGAAAACGACAGCAGUGUGGGGGUGCAGCCAGAGGACGUGGAGACGGGGGAAACCGGAGGAAACUCGGCAGGUGGCACUGAGGCCGCAGAGGGGCCUCUGCCAGAGUCUGCCGCAGGAGAUAACCUGUGUGCUGUCUGCGGCUUUACAGCCAAGCACGCGAGAUCGCUGAAGAUUCACCAUGCGCGAAAGCACGGAAAGAACUCGGAUAAAACCCCCAAAUCUCCGGAGCCUAGUCAAAAUGUCUCUGAUGUCGCUGCAGCCGAAAUCCAGCAGGAGACGGCGGUCACAAAGACGGAGAGGGAAGCUGGAAAGAGGCAAAACCAGACGUCUGAUCUGGAUGAGAUGAAGUCAGCGGCCAGUGACGAUGGCUCAAAGAGUUUAACUAAGAAGCAAAAGGUAGCAGAGAAGCUGCAGGAAGAUCAGGAUGAGUUGAUCCUCACCCAGGAGAGAAGAGUGAGCAAACGAAUCCCAAAACCUAAGAUUAUUUAUUCCUGCAAUUACUGUGGCCAAGAGUUUAGGGACAAGUCUCCUCUUGAUGUUCACGUCAAAAGAUACCAUGCCAAAGAUGUUCCAUUCUCAUUUGAUGCCGAUGAGAAUGUGGAAGCGCAAGAGGAGUCAGAGGACCACGGCGACCCGGGGGCGGCGGCGCCAGCGCGCCUGGCGACCAAACGCGCCCUCAGCCGGUUCCAGCUGAAGUGCCCCAGCUGCGACUUCCGGGUCAGCACGGCCGCCGUGCUGGAGAGGCACGCCCGCGUGAAACACCCGGCCACCCAGUGGUUCCGCUGCAAAGUCUGCAACUUCUUCGCGGCCACAUCGCAGUGGAUGGACGCCCACCUGUCCUCGGACGGCCACUCGCAGCAGCAGAACGGGAAGAAGGCGGCGGAACCCUCCUCGUUCGACGCGUGUGUCGAGACCGUGAGCAGGGACGGCGCCGAGGCAGCUGACCCGGUCGAUCAGAUGGCAGGAGAUGACAGGAAAGCUGCUUCGAAAGAGGGCAAACUGGAAACUAGUGAGGCGGCAGAAGGUGACAAAUCCGAGCUGGGUGAGGAGGAGGAGGGGGAGGAAGAAGAAGAAGAAGGAGAAGAAGAAGAAGAAGACGUAGACCUAGGCCCUCCCAGGAAGAAGAGAGGGAGACCAAAGCAAGGCUCUACCACUACUUGUGGAUACUGUGGCCUGGUGGUGUCCAACGCGACCAACCUCAGCGUUCACGUCCGCCGCAAACACAGCAAAGACUACGGCUACAGCUGCACGCUGUGCAAUUACAACUGUGUGACCAAAGGGGACAUGGACCGCCACUGCUUCACCAAGAAGCACGUGAAGCGAGUGCAGGAGGGCCCGAGUAAGAACCCCGCCACGGGUCACACCAGCGCAUCCAUGCCCGAGUCCACCAGCACGCCUGCCUCCAGCACCAGCGCCUCCACGCCAACAGAGGAGCCCGACAAAGCGGAGGAGCAGACGCAGCCGGAUGCCGGCGAGCCCAAAGGGAAGUACGACUCGGUCAAUGCGUGCAGCCUCUGCGAUUUCGUGGCCCAGUCCAUCCCCUCGCUGCACCUUCACGUCAAGAGAAAGCACACCAAAGAUUUCGAGUUCGUCUGCCUGGCGUGUGGCUACUACGCCGUCACCAGCAGGGAAAUGUACCGGCACGCCAGCACGGACAAGCACAAGCAGAAAAGCCAGAGGUACCUGGCACUGCAAGGGGGCGAGGGCCAAAAGGCUCCAGAGAUCCCAGCAAAGCCCAAGAUAGACGAAAGUCCCAGCCCUGACAGCGAACGCCCCGACCCCCCAGAGGCGCCGGGGUCCUCUGACAGUCAGGACGCGGAGGUCCAGAGCCCACCGGCGUCCAGCACCUCAGAGGCUGUGGCCGCUGAGGCAGGAGGUGAAGAUGAAAAGCAAGCAGAGACCAUUACAUCCUCUGCUGAUGCCGAACCGGGUCCGACCGACCAGGCAUUGGAGCCGGCGGCUCCGCUAGAACCCCAGCAGGUUUUGGAAGAGCCCGCGGAGGAAAAGGACAAACAGACGGAGGACGAGGGCUUGAAGGAAAACGUGACGAUUGUGGAUACUCAAAUGUCCAAAGCUCCUCCCUUCGAUGCCUCCAUCGUGUCCGUGAAGGCCCUCGCCGAGCAGGAGCACUCGCUGGAAGGUGAGCCCUCUGCGGUGUGUCUGACCGGCGGGGCGGCCUCCGGGCUCCCCUCCCCCAGUUCUGCUUAUGUCCGAAAGCUCAAGUCCAAGGAGGCGAAGACGAGGGAGGAGGCCAGAGGGGGCAGCUCCCGCAUCCGCUGCGAGGACUGUGGCUUCAUGGCGGACGGAAUCAGCGGCCUCAACGUCCACAUCUCCAUGAAGCACCCGUCCAAAGAGAGGCACUUCCACUGCCUGGUGUGCGGCAAGUCCUUCUACACCGAGAGCAACCUGCACCAGCACCUGACCAGCGCCGCCCACCUGCGCAACGAGCAGAACAGCGUGGAGGAGCUGCCCGAGGGCGGCGCCAGCUUCAAGUGCGUGAAGUGCACCGACCGCUUCGAGUCCGAGCAGGACCUGUUCUUCCACAUCAAGGAGAAGCACGAGGAGCUCCUGCGGGAGGUCAACAAGUACGUCCUGGAGGACACGGAGCAGAUCAACCGCGAGCGCGAGGAGAACCAGGGGAGCGUGUGCAAGUACUGCGGAAAGGUGUGCAAGAGCAGCAACUCCAUGGCCUUCCUGGCACACAUCCGCACCCACACGGGAUCGAAGCCCUUCAUGUGCAAGAUCUGCAACUUUGCAACCGCCCAGCUGGGAGACGCCAGGAACCACGUGAAGAGGCACCUGGGCAUGCGGGAGUACAAGUGCGACAUUUGCGGACUCAGCCAGAUAAGUUUUCGGCAAGCAGGUUUUCAGAUUACCAGUCGAGACGACUUGGAGGAGCAGUUUCCAGAGCGGCUCCUAUAG